AUGAUGUCUUGCUUAAAAUCGAGGUCCAUUUUUCGGGCCUUAUGUUCUCCUAUUCAGAAUAAAUGGUUUGAUUUAUGUAGAAAUGUAAAUCAGUCUGCAUUAGAUUCAGAUUUGAAAAAAGAAAAUAUUUUGACGAACAUUGCAGACCCUCCUCCAACCUUAGGACAAACUCCUCCUAACUUAAGACAAAAAAUCAACAAAAUGGAUUUUAAUAAUCAAACACUAAGUACUUUGAUGCUUCAAGUAAAGUCAAGAAAGAUGAGGAAGAAAUCAAAUCUCAUGUAUUUUGAAGGAAAACUCAUUCUGAAAGAGGCAUUAGAAAAUGGUAUCGAUCCUUUGGCGGUAUUUUUUUCAAGAACAGAUGAUAUUAAAUCUUUCAAGUUUUCUGAAAAUACUAAAUUAUAUAAAAUGCCUUAUAACGAAAUGAAAAUGUGGUCAGAUUUAACAACUCCUCCUGGGAUUGUUGCUGUAUGUAAAAAGCCUAGUGUCACUAAAGUUGACAAGCCAGAUAUACCUGUCACAAUUAUUUGUGACAAUGUUAGAGAACCUGGAAAUUUAGGUGCAUUGAUAAGAAAUACAGUUGGUGCUGGAGCAAAGGAUGUUAUUCUUAGUAAAGGGUGUGUUGAUGCCUGGGAUCCAAAAGUUAUUAGGGGAAGUUCUGGAACAUUGUUUCGAUUAUCAGUUCUUGAUAAUAUUGACUGGCCUGACAUGAAAAGUUACAUUCAUAAAGAUGCUCUUUUGUUAGUAGCAACAAAUAAGUUUAGUCUUAAAGAAAGUAGCACUCCAAAUAACUCUUGUGUAGUGCCUUACUAUGAAGUGGAUUAUUGCAAUUAUCCAAGUAUAUGCAUAAUUAUUGGUGGAGAAACUGAAGGUAUUAGUGAAAAUGCUCUUGAAUUAAUGUCAUUUUAUGAUAACAAAAUGAUUAAUAUCCCGUUAUCAAAUGAAGUAGAAAGUCUAAAUAGUGUAUCAGCCUUAAGUAUAAUUUUAUUUGAAAUUAAACGUCAAAUUAUGCGUAACAAGGGACCAUAA